GCCCACCGGCCCGCCGCUCCGCUGCCUCAGCGCUCCAGCUUGACCCGCCGCUGAACCAGCGCGGCGCCCUGGGCCCACCUCAGCCCCAGGCCCCAAGCCCCACACAGCGGUUUCCCCGCCGGUGCCCCUUUCGCCCCGGGGGGCAGAAUAGCGAGAGAGGCGGUGUGGGGAGGUGUGACAGGCCAGGCCCCCUUCUCCUCCUCCCCCCCCGAGUGUCGCCGAAAGGGGUGGGGAGUCUGGGUCAGGUGAUUGUCAAUGGGCCGUCCAAGAUGGCGCCCGGUUUGUGGAGUCUGAGGAGGAGGAAGAGGAGGGUUGCUUUUUUUUACCUGUGACUUGGAGCGGAGGGAGGAGGAGGUUCGGAGUUGGUUUUUUAUUUUUGGGUCAUAUCCUCCCACGCCUUCGUUUUAUCCCUGGGAGACUUUCGCCUGAAGGGUAGACUUGAGAAGGAGGAGGAGGAGGCGGUGUUUUUUUUUUUUUAACUCCCCGAUGUACGCCUUUUUCCGAGGAGGGGCUACCCGGGCUGUGCCUGCUGCGCUCCCGACGAGAGAGCCGUCUCUCCUUCCCCAGCCAUGGCUCUGAGGGAGCUCAAAGUUUGCCUGCUGGGGGACACUGGUGUGGGCAAGUCAAGCAUUGUAUGGCGCUUUGUAGAAGACAGCUUUGAUCCCAACAUCAAUCCAACAAUUGGAGCAUCUUUUAUGACAAAGACAGUGCAAUAUCAGAAUGAGUUGCAUAAAUUCCUAAUAUGGGAUACAGCCGGGCAAGAACGAUUCCGUGCUUUAGCGCCGAUGUACUACCGAGGUUCUGCAGCAGCUAUUAUAGUUUAUGACAUCACAAAAGAGGAAACAUUUUCAACAUUAAAGAACUGGGUGAAAGAACUUCGACAGCAUGGACCCCCCAAUAUUGUUGUUGCUAUUGCUGGAAAUAAAUGUGAUCUUAAUGACGUAAGGGAAGUCAUGGAAAAAGAUGCUAAAGACUAUGCAGAUUCCAUCCACGCAAUAUUUGUAGAGACCAGUGCAAAAAAUGCAAUAAACAUAAAUGAACUGUUCAUAGAAAUUAGUCGUAGAAUUCCAUCAACAGAUACCAACCCCCCCUCUAGCGGUAAGGGCUUCAAACUUAGAAGACAGCCUUCAGUGACAAAACGCAGCUGUUGUUGACUGAUACUAUCAUAUACCAGACUAGCUUUUAUAAAGUAUUUGGCCUUGGAAGUUAUGGGUUUAUUUUGGGUAAAUCAUACUCGUAUUGGAUUCCUAUCUGCCUGAUGUUCAUAGACCCCAAAAUGGGCCAGUUCUGGCGUACUUAUACAGACUGAGGAGACCGCGGUCAUCCUGCUGUUGGACUGUUUCCUUGCAUACAACAUCUGGAUUAUCUAUUGUACUCGAAGGGAAUUCAUCUUCAGUUUCUGCUUUAGCCUCAUGAGAAAGGAACUCCAAAAUACAGAUUGUAAGACUUAAUAUUUCAUAGUUUUUAUAAACAAAACUUUGCUAUGUUUUUUUCUUGAGGGAGGGAAGGGAAACUAGCACUUUGUGGGAGUGGGCAAGCCUUGUGGAUAGAAAUGUUAGCUCUAAUCUUAAUGCAGUUCUACACUCCUCAUCACUGUUGCUAUAAUAAGCCUUACUGUUUUCAUAGUUGCUUCUCCAAAGUACAGAAUGAGCAGCUGAUUUAAUAGACAGCUGCAAAAAUAAUGAAGCUGAUAAAAAGACCAAAUCAACCCAUCCAGUUCACCAACCUUAAUUGCACUUUUAUUAUUUACUGGUGAUAUUGAAAAUGUGUUCAGAAAGGGGGGAGGUGCUUAGACAAUCUUGCCAUUUUAUGCUUAAUUACUAUAGAAGAAAAUAGAUAGAAACCUAUCAUUAAAAAUCCUAGAUGAAAUUGACCAAAAUGAACUUGGGUACAACUGGCAGGCAUCAGUUGCUGUCAGUCGUUUUAGAACAAGCAUGUUGGAUAGGGGGCACUCCUAAUUGCUUAGCAUGAGCAAGUUUUUGUACUCUCUUAUUUAUGAGACCAAUGCCUAAAGUAUUAUAAAUUAUGUUAGUGCCGUAGUUGACCUCUUUUCCUUUCAGUCCCUCAACUGCGGGGGGCGGGGGGGGGACAGUCCGCAGGUCAGAAUUGCUGUCGACUCCAGCCUGUACACGGAUGGCCUUGCCUUAUCAGGCAUCCUCUUGUUACUAGUACGGUACUGGAAAACACUCUUUGCUCUGUCCAGUAGAGGUUGCUGUGCGUAUAGUUUGAGGUUUGCUUACAGAACGAAUCACUUCUGCAUGAUAAAAACAGAAACAGGGAUCCAAAGCCAGGUUGUGUAGGGCAGUGUAGAUCGCUGCCUCCUUGCUCUUGGGCCUAUCCUGAAGAUUUAACUCUUUUAAAACCUUGUUUUUAAGCAGAUUAUCUUUUGGCUUUGUAUUGUGUUUCCAUUUUAUAUUAAACUAUAAAUUAAUCUUGCCCUAUUAUACUAUUUCUCAUUAUUUAUUUUUGUUGCAGCCUGCCAGUGCAAAGGUGUGUGUUCUCCCCCUUGAGAAUAUAACCACUUUAAUAAACUCACAAUAUGUAAAAUAAGCCAUAAGGCUUUGAUUUUUGAUGCUCCUAGAGGCAUCUAUGGUGGCUUGUUCCCAAACUCUAUCUUGGCAUUUUACCAUCUUAAGUGUUUUCAGCUGAGAAGGAAAUUUCAAAGGAUACAUAGGAAAUGAAACAGCUUGCACUUCAAAAUACUAGACCAUAUUAUUCAGACCAAUUCUUAGCACAACUGAACUACUAUAGUUAACUUGUGUGAGUGGAAUUAUUCUAUCCAAAUAAGCAAGCUAACUUUAAGCUUUUGAGUGUAAGUGAAACUUCUCCCUAGCGUUCAAAGUUCUAUUGCAUUGUGUAAACAUCACUGCAGUGCACAGUGCUAGCAAAUACUAAUUUGCAUGUUAAAGGUCUUGUUAGCAAGAAAUCCAGCUUGAAGCAUGGCAUUUAUUCCAAAUGAAAUGUGCAUAUAUGUUAACACUGAAAUUUGCAGCACACUCCAUACCUCAACUAGCUUGCAGUGUCCGUCUUCUCUUCGUUUUAAUUUCAGGAAUCAGCUGACUCUGCUUUGUAAUCUGGUGUGAAGAGUUCUGAGCUGGCAGAACGCAUCUCGGGUUGGGCAAAUAUAGCUUGGAGCAGAUUGAUAUCACAAGUUGAUUCAGGGUGCCUUACUGGCAUUGUACCCUUGAUUAUUACAGUAUUCAAGGUUCUGGCAAAGGUAAUGCUGCCAGCCAAUUCAGUAGCACAAACUAGACUGAAAGGGAGUGUGUCAGGGAUGUAAUGAUAACAACUUUUCUACAUAGCAUUUUCAAGGCAACUUAGCUAGUGUGGUCCAGUGAAGUGAGGACCUUAUGGCUCUAUUUCAAAGAGCUGUAUUGGACUUCAGCAGGGGCUUCAGAAUUCCCUCUUUUGAUAGCAUCUUACAGUGCAUUCAUUACAAACUACCCUUGGAAUUAUGAUACCUCAUUCAGUAUAGUGCAAUGAGCUUCUGUUGGGAAGGGGAGAAUGAGAAUCUCUGGUACGGGCAUGUGAGUACUUAAAUAGUCCCCAGUUAGUGUCCUUGCUUUUUUUUUUAUAAAAGGUUAUGAAAUUACUGUUCAUUAGCAGGUUGCCUCUGCAAAUACUUUAGGACAAACCAUUCCAUCCCAGUGUGGUAGUGCAUAAAUAUAGGAUAAGUGUGCCAGGGCUGAGUUGUAAAAAUGCUGGUCUAGACUGGUGGCUGUUAAAGCUUUAUAUUUUUUGUUCAUAUGGCCUUUUCCCAAUUGGAGGCGGGGUUCCUUUGCUGUGCUGAAGUACUUUUCUGUACUUGACUGCUUAGUCAAAGUAAGUUUUGUGCAAAGAAAGAAAAGCAGUAGGCUGUUGCCUACCCCCCACCCCACCCCCGAUAUUACAGUCAUAGCUGCCUAAUUUAUCUCUGCACAGUGAUAGCAUCUUGUCACCGCCCUCCAGUGUGGCUUUCACAGUUCACUGGUGUCAUUGUGAUGCCAAAUAGCUCCCUUCUUUCAAUUAUGCAUAACUAGUUUUUUUUUGUUUCACCUACUGUGCAAAGGAGAAUAUCUUUACAUACAUCCAGUAGCAUCUUUUUAAAGUUGUUACUAUAUCCUUGUCUUCUGUUACCACAUGGAUAUGCAACGUGACACUUCAACUCACAAGCUGUCGGUCUUGGCAGUGUUUCAAAGCAUCUCCCUAUCCAAGUUAUCAGGUACGUUGCCAGUGUCUUUACCUGCCUUCGAGUUCACUGGACUUGUUUAAUCAAAUAUUUGCAUUAAAAUCCUUUAAAUAUAAAUCCUAACAGAUUUCUGAGCAAAGGGCUUGUCUGCAAUGCACCAACUGCUGUCUCCUUAUCUCAAAUUGUGUGAAUUAAUGGUAGAUAUUUGAGCUUCAGCAUCUGCUCCGUAAACAUCUGGGGGUCUUUUUAGCCUCUCGGAUAUUGCGCUUAAAUCUGUCUCUGGUUUAAAACGGUUGAAAUUAUACCACUUCAUUUAGCUGUUGGAAUGAAAUAUGUGCCAACAAAAAUCUUGCAUUAAUUCUGUGUCAAAGUAGUUGCCCUCUGCGGGAUGUGUGGGUUAUCUUUGUGCCGUCCUUGCAUGCCUUACAGGUCUGUCAUUCAUUACAUGCCACAGCAUACCUGUAUUGUGAAAGAACUUGCAAGAGCUUAAACAAAAAAUGCAUCUGGUACUGGAAGGGUGACAUUAUUGGACUUAACACCCAUCCCAUAAGACAAUCCAUUACCCCAGCAGGAUUUGAUACGUGACAAAAGUGAAAAAUAAGAUGUAAAUUGGAUGUGGGCGAUUGGGAAUGAGGGCAUGCAGAUCAAUGUGAAACCAAAUGUUACACAGCUGGUUAUAUUCUACUAAACACCUAGCUGAAGACAACUAUUUGGAAAGAGGUCAGGAAUUUUUGUUCUGUCCAAGACUAAUAUGGUGAGCUUCAAAAAUACUCCUACAGAGUGAAGACCAUUUUAACACAGCAAUCCUAUGUACGUAUGCCUUCUCAAGAGCAAGCCCCAUUGAGUUCAAUUGGACUUAUGACAUAUAAGUGUUGCGGGACUGCAGCCUUAAGUGUGCAUGCAAAACCUCUGGGGUUUCUGCAAGUGAACAGAGUAAUGGUCCCUAGCAAUAGGCAGAAUAUUUCCACCUUUGUGCAAAAUGACCCUUUAGAUUAGAAAUUGUAGCAAAAGUGGAAUUGUAAAUGCAUCUUGGAAGCUUAUUGCUUAAUAGAAUAUCUAAAACAUUCCAGGCUUGAAAAAAGCUAUGUUGCCUAACAUGGGUUGAAAAAUGAGAAUAAUUUGCUUGUUGCAAAUUAUAGUCCAAAUGUUAAUAUCAUCAUCAUCAUUUUGCUGGAAUUUUUUGUUUGUUUGGUGGUGGAAUUUGUAAGCACAACCCUGGGGACUUAUGGAAGGAUGCCUCUCAAGUCAUGUGAGUCAUCCUUCUGUUAGUGAUUGGUCUUUAAGGUGUUUCUGCAUUCUGCCCAACUGCCCCAGAUUUUUUAAAAAAUACACCCACAUAGAUUCUUGUUUUGCUGCUGUUGUUUUUAAUCCUUUUCUGCAGGGUUGAUCCAACUUUGUGCAGAGCUAACAGCCACAUGCAUGAUCAAGGAGCUAUUAUAUUAUUCCUUUGACAAAUCCUAAGCUAUGUACUUAAAGAUAGCAUUUUCUCCCUUGCAGCUGUAGUGGCAACACAAGAUACAUAAAAAGCUGCCUUAGAUGGAGUCAAACUUUUAGCCUAUCUUUUCCCAGUGUUAGCUAUUCUAAUGCUCAAAGCCUUGAGUAGAACUCUUUCUUAGCCCUGCUGCCCAUGAGUCAGGGGUUAAACCUGAGGCUUUCUAAUGCACAGUACUCCACUAAUAAUGUAUGGUCUUUUUUUCCUAUAAAAUGUUGGCCCCAGCUGGUCCCAGGGAGAGCAUAAGAUUUGAACCUGUAAACACAAACCAAGCACAACUGCUAAAUGUAAGCCACUGUCAAAGAACAGGGUGUAAGUAUAAAAUAAGAAUAUGCCUUUGCCUAACAUGGCUGCUAUGUCAUUUCUUUAAUUCCCAUGGUACCGCUGUUUUAUCAGCAUUAAGGUAAUGCAGUUGUGAGAAGAACAGAGAAGCUGGAAUAGCACACACAUGAUAGUAGAAGCUUAAUUCCUUUAUAUAGGUAGAUAGAUCAAAUGUUUUGCAUUCAUAAGCCAGUUCCCAUCAGGCUUCUUGACCUCUUUAAUAUGAUGAUGUUUGAAAAGUAUGUGUAUCAGAUGCUUUGAAAGCUGUCUUCCAAAGGCUUUUCAUGAUGAUGAUUCAUUUUAUUAUGUUAAAUGUGAUAUUGACCAGGUCCAAAGGCAGAGGAGGGGAGCUUGGCCAUUACCCAUCCUCAAGGCAUGGAUGGGCUCUAAGGGCCGGUGCAAACAUGCCCUACCACAGCUUGGAAUAAAGCUUCAUAGAUAUUGCAAUGGUGAAAACUGGCAUUGCCAAUAGAUAAGGGUGGGGUUUUUUUGAUGGUGUCCCUCCUGUGUAUUAAGGAGAGUUGUCUUAUUUUUAGCAUCUUAGAUCAGCAAGUCUUCCUCUAGAUGAACUUGGGGGAACUGCUGAUUUACAGCAGGCAUGCUGCCAUUUGAACUGCACAACCUGCCACUCCCUUGUCUGUAGUUUCACUUUAUAAAUAGCAGCAAGCCGGGCUAAACAAAAUUUAGGAAAUGUCCCGGCAAAUAAUAUGUCAACUGGCUAACUUUUGUGCAGUCACUAAAAAAAAAAAAACUCCCUUGUAUUGAUGUUAUUGUGUAAUGCCAAGCUCUCCUUGCUUGUGCUUAGAAA